AUGGAUAUUUGCGUAAUUGGCUAUUACAUUCUUUCGGAAUGGGCUGACCAGGAUAUUCAGAAUUUGAUUACCUAUUUUAUGAUGCUCAUUUCAAUUUGUUUUGACAUUUUCGUGAUAUGUUAUAUCAGUGAAAUAUUAACGGAGCAGUGCCAAAAAGUUGGUGAAGUGGUUUAUAUGACAAACUGGUAUUAUUUACCCAAUAAAGUAAUCCUAGACUUGAUUUUGAUCAUCGCGCGAUCGAGUACGGUUGUUCAUUUGACUGCAGGAAAAUUCAUUCAGAUGUCCGUUUAUACGUUCGGUAAUGUAAGUUAAUUCGAUACUUGCACUUAUGCUCGUGUUGUCUAUUCAUUCGAGUAUUCUACCGUUUCAGGUAUUAAAAACAGGUUUCGCGUAUUUGAAUAUGUUACAGCAAAUGACGAGAUAAAAUGGAAUCCUAGAAAAAGUAUAAAGCGUUUUAAAAAAUUUUAUAUAUAAAGAAUGAAAUAUACCUACGUAUAUUGUAUAUAAUUUUUAUGUUAAAAAUUGAUGUCAGAAAUUGUGAAUUUCAACCGUAAUCAGAAUUGCUUUUUAAUUUGAACAAUCAAAAUUAGAAAACGUCAAUCGUGAAACUAUAGAGAAAUGUGAAAUAAAAUCGAAUCAUGAUACAGUAAGUAUGAAUAUGGAAGUAAAAUUGCCUUUCGAAACUCUAAUUUCGAAAACUCUAAGUAGAAGAAUCAGCAACAAUUCAUACGGUUUACAAUUUCUAGUCGUAUC